AGGCAGAGACCGGCGGAGGAUGCUGCUCACACCGGCUCAGAGGGGCUGUCUCUGCGGGACCAAGCGGCAGCCAGCGGCGGAAUAACAUGCAGCGGAGCGGCCCGGGUGUCUGGUCGGCCUCGCUGAGCUCGGCUGCUGCGCCUCUUGUCUGCCUUUUCGCGGCUGCUCGUCCCUCCGUCGCGGCGUGAUUGUUUCCAGGUCAGAAUCUGUGUUUCCUGUGCGGCUUGUUUGUACUGAAAAUGGCCGGAGAUGGCGGCGCUCUGAAGGAUAUCAAUGAGAUUAAAUCCCAGUUCCGGACCAGAGAGGGCUCCUACAAGCUGCUCACCCUCUCCGACUCCCAGCAGCGGGGCGGGCUGCCGCGGGGUCCGUCCACCGGAGCCACGCUGGGCCCCGGGGUCGGCCCCGGUCCGAUACCCGGCGGAGGGGUCGGGCUGCUGCCGGGGCCCGGGGCCGCCGCCGCCGCAUCUUCCUCCUCCAAUGCCGCGGCCAACUCGUCCCCGGCAGGCUUCCUGCCUCCGGUCCGGGUGUCCAUGGUGAAGCUGCAGCCCGAAGACCCGAGCGAGGAGUCGGAGCGGGUGUGCUUCAACAUCGGCCGGGAGCUCUACUUCUACACCUACACCAACAUCAAGAAGGCCGUGGACCUCAGCAAGCCGAUAGACAAGAGAAUUUACAAGGGAACCCAGCCGACGUGUCACGACUUCAACCAGUACUCGGCCACGGCGGAGAGUGUAGCGCUCAUCGUGGGUUUCUCGGCCGGACAGGUCCAGUAUCUCGACCCCAUCAAGAAGGAAACCAGUAAACUCUUCAACGAGGAGAGGUUGAUAGACAAAUCCAAGGUAACGUGUCUAAAAUGGCUUCCUAAGUCGGAGAACUUGUUUCUGGCCUCCCACGCCAGCGGUCACCUCUACCUCUACAAUGUGGACCACCCAUGUGGCACUACAGCACCACAGUACUCUCUGCUGCGGCAGGGCGAAGGCUUCGCAGUCUACGCCUGCAAAACCAAGACGCCACGCAACCCAUUGUUGCGGUGGGCCGUCGGCGAGGGAGGCCUCAACGAAUUUGCCUUCUCACCAGAUGGUGUUCACGUGGCCUGCGUCGGUCAGGACGGCUGCCUGCGCGUCUUCCACUUCGACUCAAUGGAGCUGCAGGGCGUCAUGAAGAGCUACUUUGGCGGGCUUCUGUGUGUGUCGUGGAGUCCUGAUGGUAAAUAUCUGGCCACCGGAGGGGAGGAUGAUCUGGUUACUGUGUGGUCGUUUGCAGAGAGCCGGGUGGUAGCGAGGGGUCACGGCCACAAGUCCUGGGUCAAUGUCGUAGCGUUUGAUCCCUUCACGACUUCAUUGGAAGACGACGAGCCUAUGGAGCUCAGCGGCAGCGAGGAAGACCUCCACCAGGGGACGCCAAAUAACUCCAUGCACUUUGGCCGGGUUCGAACGAGCAGCACGUUAUCGCGUCUUUCUCGGCACAGCUCUAAAGGCGGCUCGGCAUCGGUCACAUACCGGUUUGGCUCAGUGGGGCAGGACACCCAGUUCUGUUUGUGGGACCUGACAGAUGACGUGUUGUACCCUCGCCUGCCGCUGUCUCGCGCCUUUACUAACACUUUUGGACCCUCGCUGUCCAACUCUGGCAGUGGGGGAGUCAACAGCACCUCAGGUGGGGGAGGAAGCGGCAGUGUGGAGGGACACCAUCACCCACCCAACACUAACACCGGCACGCCCAACCCGCCAACCCUUCCUUUACCGCUUCCUCGCUCGCUGUCGCGCUCCAACUCCCUGCCCCACCCCGCGGUGGCCAACGCCUCCAAGGGCCAGGGCGCCUCUGAGGGUAGCGGGGGAGGCGGAGGAGGGGGAGGCAGCAGCAGCGGAGGAAACAGCACCCCCUUCAGCAUCGGCCGCUUCGCCACGCUGUCCCUGCAGGAGCGCAAGUCAGACAAGUCCAGUGGCAGCGGUGGGGUGGAAAAGGAGCACAAGCGCUACCACAGUCUGGGCAACAUCAGCAAGAGCAACGACAAGAUCAACGUGGCGCCACGGAGCAACCGGCUGGACGCCGCCAAGGUCCUGGGAACUACGCUGUGCCCUCGAAUGCACGAGGUGCCGCUGCUGGAGCCGCUGGUUUGCAAGAAGAUUGCACAUGAGAGGCUGACGGUCCUGGUGUUCAUGGACGACUGCAUCAUCACAGCCUGCCAGGAAGGCCUCAUCUGUACCUGGGCUCGGCCGGGGAAGGCGAACUUGACAGCACAGAACGGAAACUCUCCAAGCGGCACGGUGGUAUAGCUGGAGGAGAAGAUUUGCACUCAUCCCUCCCUCCAUCUCCUCCCUUGUUCGUCGUCGUCUUCUUCUCUCCACAUCGACCCUGGGAAAUGUCAGAUCUGGGGCCAACACCCAGAGACUGAACCUCCCCACCACUGCAGUAUUUUACCCUCAGUAUAACUCUCUGUACUCGCCAUGAACCAGAAGGUGGGAAACUCCUCCUGAAUCCUGAAAAACUCAACAGAUUCAUGAAGUCUUUAAACAGAUUCAUAGUUUGGGAACAAAAGCAAAUGGAUAUCAGCUUAAAUCCAGGCUAAGUUAGCUUGUGAGGCUAACUUCUGGUAGUUGGACGAUAAGAACUUCUUGGCCAAAUGUUUGUGGACACCUCUUUGAUUUAGGGAUGUUUUCCUAAUCGUACAGCUUGCAGGGAUAUUUUAGCAAAAGUUUGCAUCUUGUUAACACCCCCAAGUGCAAUUUAGAUCCACAAACAAGUGGUUCUUCCAAUUUAAUGAGCAAAGAACCUUGACUGGAACCCCAACCAACACUUUUUGGAUCAACUGGAGCUGCAACAUCAGUGUCGGAGCUCAACAAAGUCAAAAAUCUGAUUCGGCUAAAAUCAUAGCUACUAUCGAUUGGUUGCCAGGUAAAGAAAGUCAUAAGCUAAAUGGGCCACAGUUCUUUUUUUUUUUUUUUUUUUUUUUAGCCUAAUUCAACUCUAAAUCAUCAUUAGAAUCUAGUAUUUGCAGCAUAUUUAAGAAGUUUUAGACAGUUUCUCUAAGGGUUUGCCACCAAAACUACAGGUUAAGUCAGUGUUUUUAUGUUUUCAUUGUAUAAAUCUGUGAUACCAACUGACCAGAAUUACUAAAAGAAGCAAAACAUGCCUCGUGAUGCAUGUUUUAGUAACCAUAUUAAUUGAGAGAGAAGUUAGCUGCUGUUUGUAGACGAUCAAACAUUGAGCUUAGAUACACAAACUGCUGUUUACACUCGACUUUUUGGCACAAAAUGCAGCCAGGAUGAAUGCUUCUUUGACCUGUUGUCAGAGUAAACAUUCAGUUAAAGGUUAAAUAAGGUAGAAUCUGCAGGUUAGAAGAGUUCAAAGUUGUGAAAACAUGGGGGUGUUUACAGGUAGUUUGAUCCUCCUGCUGCCAAAAUGGUGGAUUAAUCCUGGAAGACUGCUGAUGUAGAGCUUUUCUCCUCUUAGAAGACACUUUGGAAAUCGUCGGAUCAAUUAAAUUUUGAGCCAGUCGAUCAACAAAUGAAUCAGACAACCGUAAUGUUCAGGUGUCUGUAUACUUUUGGACAAAUAAAGGACGUAGAACACCAACUUUGGUGGCAACAGGAGGAAAUAAUUUAAGACUUGUUCUUGUUAGCUAAGGUUUAGCUGAUGCUUAAUUCUCUAUUUCACCAGUUUCAGAUUAGUAGCUAACGGUUAGUUUUCCAGUCAAAGUUGAAUAAAAUAAACGGACACCUGCCAAAAACCAGACAUGAGAGCUGCUAAACGUCCAGAUGAUCUACUUCAGACGAGGUUUUCAGGAGCAGUUUCCCGCCUCGACGCCACCGUGGGAAUAAACCUUUCAUUCCCAGCUUCAGCCCUUCGUGUUUCUCGGCAGAACAAACUGCAUCGGCGUCGUUCCUCCUCCACGUCUGUAACCGAAUGAAGCAUCCAGGAGCGAACGUCCGGCCAGGCUCCGUCUGCUCCUCCAUCCUCCCCCCUUCGUGCCAGAGACACUGCGAAAGCCACGGCCAUGUAUUUAAGUUAUUUAUUUUAUCACAAGACUGUGUAGUAAUUUAUACUGUACAUAAUGAAAAUACUCUAUAAAUACAAAAAAACGUAAGAUAAAGACUUGAGAGCAGCGACCGAGCGAAGACGAAGCGGGAAAAAGACGAAGAAUAUUAAUAUAUGAAGAUCCUUCUAUUGUACAUAGCAACAGUUAUAACCCGAAUGUCUGCUGUUUUAGGGAGCUUGAAGAUGUCAACGUGUUUUUAUUUUGUGUGAUAGAGUUUCUCCGGUUCGUCCCCCCGAGAGCAAAAAUCUUUGGAGUCGAGCACAGACAGCCGUUGGUUCUGGAAAACGCCAACAAACAAACAAACACUGUCGCACAUUCCCAAGGUAAACAAACAAACACCAUCUACUGUCUUCAUUCCUGUCGCACCUCAAUCGCCUCCUGCAGGAGCUUUGCACAUAAAAUAAACCCACAGUCCAUCCUGAGCUGCA